AUGAACACCCCUUACACCAUCCAUACAUCGACACUAUUCGACCCGAAGAAGAAAGCCUUUGUGGAAAAUGUGUCGGUGAAAGUCGACCCAAAGUCUGGCCUGAUAGUAGAUGUGUAUGAGAGGUCUGAAUCCGACAUUCCAGGAGGCUCUGUUCCUGUGGGGGAUGUCGAUUUGAGGGGCAAGGUUGUGAUGCCAGGCUUGGUCGACGCUCAUACGCACAUCUUCAUUCACUCCUACGAUGAGCGACCGGCUCUGGUUCAGAAGCGGGAUGAGAGCAUCCCUGAGCGAAUUAUUCGCGCAACCCACCAUGUCCGGACAGCGCUCCUGGCUGGAUGUACCACGUACAGAGACCUGAGUUCCGAGUCGAUGGGGGAAAUGGACGCCCAGAUCCGAGACUGUAUCAAUCGCGGCCUGAUCCCGGGACCGCGUCUCUUUGUUGCGACGCGCGCUCUGGCAAGUACUGGCUCUUACGAGCUUCGCAGCGAGAACCACGCCAAUGGAGUCUGCUACCCCAGAGGGGGCGAAGCUGUCGACGGGGCUGACGAGGUUCGGACCGCCGUGCGAAGACGUGUCGCUGCUGGCGCCGACGUGAUCAAGUUUUUUGCCGACUACCGGCGCAGAAUUAUGCGGUACCCGCCUGCUCAGCAACACCCUUAUAUUCCCAGCCCGACGCAUCCGCCCCAGGAUCCCAAUCCCGACUAUCUCGUCUUCCACCAGGAGGAAAUCGACGCCUUGGUGAAGGAGGCCAACCUGGCAAAGGUGCCGGUCGUUUGCCACGCAGGCACCAUCGAGGGCGCUCAGAUGGCAAUCAAUGCUGGCGUGGUCUCUAUCGAGCAUGCAUACCAUGCCAACGAAGACCUGUUCAAGCGAAUGGUCGAAAAAGGGACCGUGUUUGUCCCGACAUUGGCCAUCUGCGAACGAGUCCACGCGAAGCGCUUCGAUGAGAUCAUGGAACAGUCCAAGCUGGCGUACAAGCUAGGCGUGCGUUUCGCUUGUGGAGGAGACACUGGCACCUACCCGCAUGGUCAGUCAGUCAGGGAGUGCGAGCUUCUCAGAGAGGUCGGGCUUUCAUGGGAGGAGGUGCUCGAAGCAGCUACCGUGGGGGGAUGGGAAGCUUGUGGCGGCGACCUUUGUGGAAUGCGUUUUGGUUGGUUUGAAAAAGGCACCCGGGCAGACAUUAUCGCUGUAAACAUAGACCCACGUGAGGAUCCCAAGGCACUGAGGCGGGUUGAUUUUGUCAUGAAGGAUGGGGUGAUCCACAAACGCGACGGCAAGGCAGUGGGAAUGAUUUCCGACCACCACGAAUGGGAUCGAUAG